AAAUAUUUUUAUUUUCCAGCGCUAAAUAAUAUAUGAAUAUGCGUUAGCAUUCUUUAUAGUUUGUGAUAUAAAUAUUUUACAAGUUUAAUAAUGUCAGCAAUAAGCCGAAAGCAGAAUAAUCUCAAAAAAAUCAAAUCUUUGUGUUACCUUGCUUUGGGUGGUUCUCUAUCAUAUCAAUACAUCUACUACAAGAAAGAUUUUAAAGGUUAUUAUGCAAACAUCCUGCAACCAUUAAGUCAAUUAUUGAACCCAGAAUGGGCACAUAAUAUUGGUAUUUUCGCUAUAAAAAAUGGAAUAUUUCCUGCCUCGAAUUAUAACGAUCCUAAAGUUUUAAGAACAAAACUUAUGAAUUAUGAACUUGAUAAUCCACUGGGUGUAGCAGCAGGGUUUGAUAAACAGGGUGAUGCUGUUUUGGGUUUAAGAAACAUGGGAUUUUCUAUGAUUGAAGUCGGAUCUAUUACACCCGAACCCCAGCCUGGAAAUCCAAAACCAAGAGUAUUUAGACUGCCGGAAGACAAUGCAGUUAUAAACAGAUAUGGUUUUAAUAGUGAUGGUCACCAAGAGGUACACAGAAAAAUGGAGAGUUUAGAUAAAGCACUGCUUCAAAAUGGUCUACUAGGAAUUAAUCUUGGCAAAAACAAAACCUCCAAUGAUGCUGUUGCUGAUUAUACUCAGGGAAUAAAAAAAUUUAUUGAUGUAGCAGAUUAUUUUGUCAUAAACAUUAGCAGCCCAAACACUCCAGGAUUGAGGUCAUUGCAGAGCAAAGAUGAAUUAAAGCAGCUUUUAAAACCUGUCAAUGAGACAUUAUCUGUAUUGAGCAAAGAAAGAAAUAGGAACCCACCUCUUCUAUUAAAACUUGCACCUGACCUAACCAUUGAGGAGAUUAAAGAUAUUGUUUCAGUCAUCACAAGCAAAGGGACAAAAGUAGACGGAUUAAUUAUUUCUAAUACAACAAUUGAUAGGCCUUCCUUACAAAACCAGGUGUUAUCCGGUGAAACGGGUGGCCUUAGCGGAAAGCCUUUGACACAAAAAUCUACUGAAAUGAUUAAAACAGUUUAUAGCCUUACAAAAGGUAAAAUUCCUAUUAUUGGCGUGGGUGGCAUAUUCACAGGGCAGGAUGCCUAUGAGAAAAUUUUAGCAGGAGCGAGUGCUGUGCAAAUAUACACAGCUUUGAUUUACCAUGGGCCUCCUGUUGUAGAGAAAAUAAAAGCAGAGUUAGCAGAGUUACUCAUACGGGAUGGGUACAAAAGUGUUAGUGAAGCUGUUGGUAAAGCCAAAUGAUUGCAAAGAAAAAACCAGCGAAAUAGUCAUUGGAUAAAGCACAUAGUUAAUAUAGUUUAUGGCAUUUC